AUGCACACUCUUCCUGCGGCAAGGCUCGUUGGUCACGACUUCCUCGGCAACCAUAUUGGCGAAUUGCUCUUCCGACAACCUGCCAGCAAGCCUCCAGCCACGGUCAAAGGCUCAUCCAGCGGAAGUACCGUAUGUCCAUCUGACAGCAAGACUGUGAGGCGCGAGUCGAUCGUAUCACAGCACUCUGCCUUGGUUGCACCAAGCUCUCGCACGCACGCGGAUGGGCACGAUGCUCCACCCAGUCUCGACUCGCUCUUUGGCAUCGGCGCCAAGGGCUCCUCCGCUUGUCCCACGGAUCGUGUUGCGUCCCCUAUACACAGCAGCGAGGGUUCCGGGUCGGAGCCAGGCUCGGUAGAGAGUCGAUCAGGUAGUGCAGAUGCAGACCUCAACCUUCAUCUAAGUCAACUUUCUCUUUCGCACAAAAAGAUGACAGCGGGCAGCGGCCCCACAUCACCACGCAUGAGCUUCGUGACCAGUUUUGGUGCAAAGAAUCGUAGCUCGGGCAGCAGACGGGGUACAUCCGAGGCCAGCUCCGCCAGCUACUUUGGUGUCAGCAGUCCUCAUAGCUCGGCUAGCAUGUCGCCAAUGGAGCAGCCGGGCUCGAUCACCUGGAACAUUCCCUUUCGCGAACAACAUCAUUCCUUCGCCAACGCUAUCGAGCACAACGCAUGGCUCGAUCGCAAUCCUUCCCGGCAGAGUCAGUCUUCUGACGCCGUCUCUUCGCAGCCUUCGCAGCCCUUGACAUCUCAACAACGCGACCAAAACGCAAAGUCGGCCAAGUCAAUCGCCUCGACCGGCGCUGCCACCAUCAACGCAAAGAGUCAAUCCUUCUCCGAGGCCAGUCAGCCUGUUCGACAGCGUUUCACUCGUGCUGCCACCGAAUCGACCCUGGAGCUGAUCAUUCAGAGGCAGCAGCCUCUCGGCUCACUAGGUGAGGUGCCAGCGCCUUCCGCAGUUGGCCUGGCUCCAUCCAAGAGCUUUGGUGCGACCACAUCUGGCCUGCUCGGUCAUCGUAGAAAGCCUUCGCUGGUGCCAAAAGAAGGUGACGAGCGAACCUUCUGUUUCGUCGACAACGGUCUCAGCGAGGUCGAGUCGAACGGAUCCCUCGCUGAAGAUCCACUGCAUUCGAGCACGCCGUUGGCAUCGGUUCCUGAGCGCUGUGCGUCGCAGUCGUCCGUGAAGUCAUCGCCACGUUCGUCGUACAGAGAGGUGGUCGAGGUGCAAUAUAGUGCUCACCAACGCGCCACCUCUGCCGGCGACGGUCUUUCGCGAUGUGCAUCGACGCUCUCCAAACAGUCCAUGGCAAUCUCGAAGCCCGGUACUGCAGAGACGUCCCCCGAGCAUGCCAAGUCGGCAAGCCCAGGGACCCCCUCAGCCCGCUCAACUUCGGCCAAUCAGAGUUCGGCGCAGGCCCCUGCGUUCGUCCUCAAGUCUUCUUUGCCCGCUACGCAGCAUGGCUCAUCCAGACCCAAGCGAAGGCUCCGAAUCCAGCCCAAUACGCAGUCUAGGCAAAGUCUGCUGGAAAAGACCAUGGAGCAGCAGCGUCAAGCAAGCGAUGCGGCCAUCGCCUCCAACGCCAAUGGUGUACCGACCGCUGAGGUGCAGCGUCCAGCACCGACCGCCAGGGUUAGCGAGAGCAAGCCGAUGUCGACACACAAUGAUACGGGCGACAUCAAAGAGCGUUAUGAUCCGAUCGCGCACGAUGCUGAGCAGCGUGUCUUUCGUAUCCAAACGGCGACGCCUCCUGCUGAUGCAUCUGCUUUUCCUUUCAUCAUGUCGGGUGAAGAUCGCAGCAAAACGAAAUUGCCUGCCAGCCACGCACGCACCAGCGAUUGGGCGCGUGAACAGAACUUGCUAACUGAUUCGUCGCUGUCCUUUGGCCAAGCAGCUGUUGAUCUCGAAUCUUCGUGCACCUCGUCGCUCACGCCUGAAGCGUCCACCAUGGCGUCAGCGGCCGGGCCUCAAUCUUUGUCGCGUCACGAUACGGCCGGUAACAGCUCGACAUCGUCUGGGUCGGAAAGCUUGAUGGAUGCACCCGACUUGCUCAGCCCAGCCGGAACGGAAUUGUCGACACCUGAGCUCGAGUCUCCUCCGGAAGAGGCAAUGUUGGACUCCAAAUAUGGCCUCUCCAAACCGGCACCUCAACGACGCGCUUCUCCGCUAUCUGCCUAG